GAUUUCACUUUUCAUUUCACACAAACACACCCCUCCUCCCUGAUCCACCCUGCCAUCCAGGAGACUCCAUCCAUCGCUGCGCCGGAGCGAGGACGCACCAACCCCUGACGCUUUCCAUGCAGCAUCAUUUACAACCAUCAGCUCCUAGAUUAAACCUUCCUUCCCGGGAAAAUAAGAUGUUUGUCUGCGUGUGACUUCUUGAGAAUCGCGCUUCCACGAUGCCCAAACCUGGGACAACCCGGCUGUAAUGAGACGGGCGUUGCAAUAAAGAGGUUUAACUACAGGCAGCACAAACACCACUGGACCACAAUCAGAGGUUUAACUUAUCAGCAUGGCUGUUAAUAUGAAUCCAGCUCCUGUCAUUUGGACAGGGGAAGAACAACCGUCGCUCAUGGAUCAGGACGGCCCCAUUCCGAGUCAGGCUGUCGUCUCUGUGCCGUGCGGGUCACCGGUGGGUGAAGAGCUCCUGCACAGCUGUAGCAGCCUGACUGACACAAGGCCUCCCCACAGCAAAUCCAAAGGAGAGCUGGUGAUAGUCAUCAACGAGAAACUGAAGAACGGUAACGGGAUCCACCCGGGACCCACAGAGAGCGCCUCUUCAGUCAUUUCAUCCCCUCCCACAAGACAGCACUCAAUCUCCUACCCUCAUCACGGCAAAACCAGGAAGGGCAGCAGGGCGGGCUCCAUUGGUUACACCGCCUUUUCACCCAGGCCGUCAUUUUCCCGCCACUCCAGCAUCGCCACUAACCCUCCCCUGGACAGGACCAAGGUCAAAGACUACCUCCUACUCUCCGUGCUGGCCUGCUUCUGUCCUGUGUGGCCUAUCAACAUUGUUGGCUUUGUCUACUCCAUCAUGUCCAAGAACAGCCUCGAGCAGGGAAACCUGGACGGCGCCGUGCGUCUGGGACGUGUGGCCAAGAUGCUGUCCAUUGUGUCGCUAGUAGGAGGGACGAUCAUUAUCAUCGCCUGCAUUGUCAACCUGGCCAUAAAUGUGAAAACCUGAGUUUCAUCUGAGGAUGAAACCGGAUAAUGGAACUGAACGUCUGCCCCGCACCUGCACCACCACCUUUACCGCCUAGUAAUUACCCGGAUGUGUGACAAACAUGUUCUUGAUAUACACAGCUUUUAUUAUAUUUCUGUAAUCUGUAUACAGUCCUUUAAUUGUUGUGGAAGAAAUCAGAAUAAUCCAAAUGCUGCAGCUCUCUGUCUCAGGUGGGGGAGGGAGUGGUCCGUCUGAUCUCAAAUGGAGCCUAAUGACUAAUGUCCCUUUCUCUCCUGGCCAACACACGCUUGUCUGUACCUGCUAUUAGAAAAACAGGGAAGCCAGUGGAAGUUUCCUGGCUCUACAGCAUCAAUCCCAACAAAAUGCCUGCCAACUCCACCCUCCACUUCACCGACAAAGACGCACCAGCUUGCUCAUUAAAUCCCAUCAGACACAUGGAGAGGCUGCAGGAUUUACACUGCAGUGGAUUCAAACUGGUGAACUUCAUCCUUUUCCUCCUCAGAGAAGAAACACUUUGAACCACAGUGUCCUCUUUGUUUCAGACUGUCCUCUGUGACUUUCACCACUUCAAAACGUCCCACAUCUUGUAUUUGCGACGAAGCAUAUGGGUGAUAAAAGAGGAUGAAAGAGAGGGGGGUUUAGCUCGGACUAGCUACGGAUGUUAAAUCAGGAGGGAUUACGGAAAGUCUUAUACAGAAGGCACAGUCGUCACUGCAAAGAAAAAAUGUGCCAAAUAAAAGAAAUUCAGAGAGAAAGCUUCUUGCUUUUUUCUUUUUAUGAACAUGAAACUCUUGACAGGAACAUAAAAUGCAUUUCUACUCUUCUGCUACUUCACUGUAUACCUGUUCUACUCCACUGACCACUGUGAGCUGGGAAAAUGGGUUGAUAUCAAUGGAAAAUACUACUGUAGCAACAUCCAGUCCAGUUAAACUGCAUCGUCUAUAACCUCCCUUUUUAUAAAGUUUGUAAGAGAUCCUUUUCAGACAGAAUAAUGAUGCCCUUAAAGCCUGCACAGCCUCCAAAAUGAAAGCUGAACUGUGUGUGUGUGUGUUUGUGUGGGCAUCACUAUUUGGUUAACAAAUCUGAUCGCUUGUUAUUGUCACCAGAGAUGCAGCUGUAACCUCAGUUUCUAUCCACAGGUGCUUUAAAACCCGACUCAUUGUAGCGUUCUGGUCCCUUAAUAAAGCCUCUUAUAGCUGAUUUUUUUUCUUUAUCCCAGAUGUGUCAGCACAGUUACGUGUAUAGCCCUAAUUUUUUCUCUGCGUACAACGAGGAUCUUUUAAAGACUAAUUUGUAAAAUGUUUGUUAGGAAAUGUUUCUGUGGGGAAAUUCAGCAGUAGAAAUUUCUUUGUUAUAAUGUCUCGUGUCUUUAAUUAACCUCUGACCUUUAUCUACCUGUGAUUCCUCACUGUGAUUCCAACAACUGGGUUUUAUUAAGACCGGGUACUUUUUUUGUUUUGGUGCAUCGUAGAUUUUCUGUAUUACAGCCUUUUUAUUCUUUCUUAUAUUGUAAGUUUAAUUGUAAUCAACUGUAUGUAUUCUGCAGAUAUAAAUCUCAAUAUUGUGAUAUUUCUAUAGUUAAAAUGAGUUAGCAUUAUGUAGCCUGCCUACUGGCAGUAAUUGUAUUCCCAGCAGGCUUCUAUAAUCUUUGUGGCUAUUAGCAUGUUAUGGAUUUUUAUUCAUGUAUGAUGAUGGUAACCGACAAAGAAAAGCUGGCACCUGGAAUAUUAUACUUCUGCAAAACAUUCAUAAUAAAGACACAAUGCAUGUGA